AUGAGUGGAGAGGACGUGGUCCCAGGACCUCAGUUGGUUGAUAAGACAGCCGUCAUCUUCAUUAUUAUUUUAUUCCUUUUGUUCCUGGUGGCAUUGGUAGGUAAUGGCUUGAUCAUCGCGGCACUGGGCAGCGAGUGGCUGCUGCGGAGAACGCUGUCGCCUUGCGAUAAGUUAUUGGUCAGCCUGGGGGCCUCUCGCUUCUGUCUGCAAUGGGUGGUGAUUAGUAAGAACAUUUACAUUUUCCUGAAUCCAGCGGCCUUCCCGUACCACCCCGUGUUCCAGCUCCUGGCUGUUCAGUGGGACUUCUUGAACUCUGCAACGCUGUGCUUCUCCACCUGGCUCACUGUCUUCUACUGUGUGAAAAUCGCAACCUUCACCCACCCCGUUUUCCUCUGGCUAAAGCAGAAUGUCUCUGGGUUGGUUCCUUGGAUGCUAUUCAGCUCUCUGGGGUUCUCUACCUUUACCUCCGUUCUAUUUUUCAUAGGUAACCAGAGAAUGUAUCAAAACUAUUUAAAGAGGGGUCUGCAAUCUUGGAAUGUCACUAGGAAUGCUGUGAGAAUGUAUAAGAGUUUUUUCCUCUUCCCUUUGAGAAUUGUUACCUGGACCAUCCCUACUGUUGUCUUCAUCGCGGGCACGGUUUUGCUCAUUACAUCUCUGGGAAGACACACCAAGAAGGUCUUCUUUUCCAUUUCAGGCUUUCACAGUUCCAGUGCCCAGGCACACAUCAAGGCUCUCCUGGCUCUUAUCUCCUUUGCUAUCCUCUUCACUUCCUCUUUUCUGUCACUGGUUCUCACUGCCUCAGGUAUGUUUCCCUUUGGGGAAUUCCAGUACUGGAUGUGGCAGACUGUGAUUUAUCUGGGUACAGCAAUCCACCCCAUUAUUCUCCUCUUGAGUAACCGCAGGCUGAGAGCUGUGCUAGGGAGGGGCUGCUCCUCAGCACACGGGGCAUCUUGAAUUGCAGUUGAUGAAAAGCCUCAGAUUCUACUGCAGGAGGCUGCCUGGAUGGAAUGGGAUGUUGCUUCUUUA